AUGGAUCGUCCAGUUACCCCACGAAUCGCCAUCAUUGGUGCUGGCCCAAGCGGGUUGUCUCAAUUGAGAUCUUUCGCCUUGAAGGAAUCUGCUGGCGAACAUAUUCCGGAGAUUGUUUGCUUCGAAAAGCAAAGCGACUGGGGAGGGAUGUGGAAUUACACUUGGCGGACUGGCUUAGAUGAAUACGGAGAACCUGUUCACGGGAGUAUGUACCGUCAUUUGUGGUCUAACGCGCCAAAAGAAUGUCAUGAAUUUGCCGACUACAGUUUCGAUCGUCAUUUUUCGAAACCUAUCCCAUCUUUCAUUCCGCGUGAAACAUUCCGAGAAUACAUCCUCGCGAGGGCUGAACAAUCAAAUAUACGACGGUAUGUUCAAUUCAAUACCGUGGUAAGUUAUGUGGACUUCGAUUCUGAAAAAGGAAGUUUCUCUGUUCAAACGAGGCAUUUGAGUACAGGAAAACGUUGCAUUGAAUAUUUUGACUACGUCAUCGUUGCUGUUGGCCAUUUCUCUAUGCCAAACAUUCCCUACAUCAGUGGAAUAGAAACUUUCCCAGGGCAAGUAAUACACAGUCACGAUUUUCGCGAUGCUAGACAGUUCGUUGAACGGGACAUCCUUAUUGUUGGUGGAAGCCUUUCCGCCGAAGACAUUGCAUUGCAAACCUUCAAAUUCGGUGCCAAAUCGAUAACGAUCAGUUACAGAACAAAACCAAUGGGAUUCAAGUGGCCGAGUAAAAUCGAAGAGAAGCCCCUUCUGGAAAAGAUUGAAGGAAGAACCGCUUAUUUUCCUGACGGUAGCACGCGCCAGUUUGACUCCAUCAUCCUUUGCACCGGCUAUAAGCACCAUUUCCCUUUUCUCGCGGAUGACCUACGACUUGAUACCAACAACUGUUUAUAUCCUAGCCAGCUUUAUAAGGGUAUCUUCUUCCAGAAUCAGCCGCGAUUGAUAUAUCUCGGAAUGCAAAAUUUGUUCUUCAGUCUAUCGUUAUUCGAUUGCCAGGCGUGGUAUGUGCGCGACGUCCUUCUUGGCCGGAUAUUACUCCCUGAUACAUCAAAACGCGAGGAAGAUAUGUUGGCGUGGAAAACUCGGGAGGAGCAGCUCGAAGGAAAAGAGGAAUCCAUAGAUUUUCAGACUUCUUAUCUGAAAGAUCUGGCUAAAGCUACAGAUUACCCUCUAACCAAUUUGAGCUUGGAUGCAACUGCAGCAACAUUUAAAAUAUGGGUGGCCGAUAAGCAGUCGAACAUUAUUAACUAUCGCGACAAGCCAUAUACCUCUUCAAUUACAGGCACUAAGGCAACGAUUUGUUCGACUCCAUGGAUGGAAACACAAAAUGUUUCAAACGCCGGCUCCUCUUAAGAAAAAAAAAAAAAAAUCCUUGUUAUUUCAAUUCGUUACUCAAACCACGUUUUUAAAAUCGUCAAGUACGUUGCAGUUUCCAAAAUACAAUGAAAAUUCAGGUUUUA